CCUUGAGCCUCGUCAGGUGACUCCAUCUCCUCGCCAUCUCCCCCAUCGACCAUGACCUACCUCCUGCUGAGGCGCACUGGUAGCGUUGCACUCUCGCAGCGUACGGCAGCCACAAGCCUCGUCAGGAGCACAGCACUGGGCGCGGCAAGGCGGCAGGCCUUGGCCACUCCAUCCUGCAGCAUCCAACAGCGACACCAUGCAACGACUCGUACGAUACCCAGAACGUUUCCUCGCGCAAGUACGGGCAGCAGCAGCAACAGCGUCAACAGCCGUUCUCUAAGCACAGCAGAGCUGCCCGGUGCAACACUCACCCCCGCAGAAACAGAACACUUGGCCCCGGACUCUCCCGCAUCUCGCCAAGGCCAGAUCGGAUACCUAUACUUUGACUCCCUCUUCCCCAUCAGGCUCGGCUUCUGGGACAUCCGGCACUGGUUCGUUGCGACUAACCAUGAUUCUCUCAAGGAGAAGCUCAGGAACAGUCUGCCGGACAAGGAUCUCAUUGGACAUGACUUUGAGGUCAUUGGAGCAGAAGCUAGGCUGAAAGACGGUGGUGGAUUCCUUUCCUUUACAUAUACCCCGAAAGGCGCACCAUUGCCUGCCACGCCCGCAGAUACUCCAGACCCAGCUCUGUUUGAUAUCGAGACGGCGGUGAAAAAGGGGCUGAAGAGGGCGUACAACCCCAAUCAGGCCCUGCUGCUGAGCUGGGGCUCCAUCCCCAGUGUGCACGUAGUCAAGGGAAAGCCUUGGCUGGAAGAUCUGAAUCGCUUUCCAUCCUCGACCUUGAAAAUCACACUCGUUGGCGGUGAUCUCUCCGAAGAGGCUCUGUGGGGCAUCCUGCGCCCUUAUGGUCGCAUCGUCUCCAUCGAGAAGAAGGCCAAUGAAGCCUUUGUCCUCUUCUCCCGCAUGCGCUCCGCCACCUCUGCUCGCAAUUGCGCCCAUGGCGUUCAAGUCCGGGAAGGUCCUCGGCUGAUCAUCAAUUACAAGGAGAGUGAACGAGCAAAGAAGGCAUGGGACUGGACGUCUAAUCAUCCUCGAAUCGUCUUUCCCAUUCUCGCCUUUAUGCUGGGUGGCCUCUCCUACGCCGUGUGGGAUCCUAUCCGCGGCUUCUUCAUCGAGUCUAAGCUGAGUCGUACAUUUGACCUCGACAAUUACCGCUUGUACAGCUGGCUCAAGGCCAAUACCGUUGAUCUCCUCCGAGAGGGCAACGGCAAAGACGAGAGCAAGAGCCAGGUGGAUUGGUUUGAGAGGAGGGCUGCAAAAGAGGACAUCCAAGGCUGGUUGAGGGAGAGCCCAGAGACAUUUAUCACCAUCUCUGGACCCAGAGGUAGCGGCAAGCACAAUCUCUUGGAAGAGGCAAUUCCAAAGGGCGUAAAGGUGCUGCGCAUCGAUUGCGCCGAGAUCGCUCGCAGUGUCGGGAGCUCCGGUCCAGGUCCAGCUCUCAGCAUCGGUGAUGGCAGCAAGGACGGGGCCGGGAAGCUAGACACUGCAAUCAUCGCAGCCUUGGCCAGCGAGACUGGAUACUGGCCCGUCUUUGGCUGGCUCAACUCCCUCAACUCGAUGAUCGAUCUGGCCUCGGUAGGCCUCAUUGGCAGCAAGGCUGGCUUCUCACGACCCACCGAGGAGCAGCUGAGCCAGAUUCUGGCGGUGACGAAAGCCGCCCUGGAGAAUGUCAAGCGUAAGGAAGAGAAGAGGGUAGAGCGGGAGAGGAAAGUUCUGCGGAGGUCAGGUGCGGCUACUUCGACUUCCCCUGUGAAUGGCACUAACGUGCCGCCGCCCAGUGCCGGAUCUGUCGAUGGCAAUUCGACCAAGCAAGAGGAUAACGAUCUCUUGACAAGCUCAGAGUCGGAGGAGAAGAUGAACUUGUUGGGCCAAGAGAAGGGCGACGAUGGACCUUUAGCUGCAGAUACAAGGCGCAAGUGGAGCAAAUUGCCAACAGACAGAACUGGCAGGCGAGCACGUCCCGCACCUAAAAAGUCGGGUCAAGAUGACGGAAUCUCCCUCGAGUCGCCCAUUAUCAUCAUCGACAAUUUCCACCUCAAGUCUCUGCGCUCACCCUUGCUCUACUCGAUCCUCGUCGACUGGUCUUCCCAGCUCGUAUCUGCAGACCUGGCCCACGUCAUCUUCGUCUCGGACAAUCCAGUGGCAAUGUCAAAGGAGAUUGGCCGAGCCCUGCCUGACUCGAGGCCUGCCAACAAUGUAGUCUUGGCCGACGCCGAGAAGAGCAAGGCGAGAGAAUUUGUGCGGACUCGCUUGAGCGAGGCGAGAGGACUCGAUGCGCAGUUGGCGCAAAGGCAGACGUCGCUCUCCGACGAGACACCCGACCCAUCGACCGACCCAUCGAUGGAGGAGAGUCUCUCCUCCUCCCUGAGCGGAUUGUUCGGAAAUGCGCCCUCUUCAAAUGCUGGACCAGUCCAAGCCGCUGUCCCAGCUUCGGGCGAAGUCCUACCAGAGGAAGAUGCUCAGUGGGUGGACAAGCUCGGCGGUCGACUGACCGAUCUGGAAGGUCUGCUCCAAAAAGUCGUCAUGGGCCAGACUGUCCCCGCGGCGGUAUCUGAGCUGAUCACCCGCACCACCGUCGAAUUGCGCAAGUCCUUCUUCGGUGACGAAUCCUCCGACACUGCCUCGACUUCCUCUCAGCUUCCCUGGUCACGGUCCACGGCCUGGAGUGUAAUUCGUCUUCUGGCCUCGUCGAAGGACGGCUCAGUACCCUACCAUUGGAUGCUCCACUCUGACUCGGGCGCAUUCAAGGGCGACGAGGGCAAGCUGCGCGCAAUGGAGGAGGCGGAACUGAUUAGCGUGCGACACAAGGAUGGUCGACCUAGCCUGAUCCGCGCCGGUCGCCCCGUCCUCCUCGAGGCAAUGAAGGAUCUAGUGCACUCCGACCGCACUUUCCGUCUUACACAGGAGCUGCUGGACGCAAAGAGUUCCAUGGCAAAGAGUGACGCGGCGAUUCGUGAUUUGGAAAAGGAAUUGCAGAUGCUAGUGGAGCUGAGUAAAGUGGGAGGGAGGGGAGUGGCGGCUAGGGUGGAUAGUCUGGCAAAGAAGUUGGAGGCGGAGCAAAGUAAGCUGGGGAACACGGAGCAAAAGGUGGGGGAGCUUCAGGAGGAGUUGAAGAAGUCGGAGUGAGAGAGGAGGGAGAGAUGGAGAGAGGGGCUGAGCUAUUGAGAAGUCCUUUGGAUAUCACCUCUCACGCCAAGCACCCAGCACCACUAUCCUUUGUCACCUGACAUUUGACAUUGCACCACAUCUGAGGAAUGCUAUGUACUACCCAU